AUGGUCACUCCGCGAGAGCUGAGGUUGCGCGCAAGCGAUAGGCACCGCCCCGUCGUCUGCCAACACCGGGCGGAACAGUUUCAGCAGGUCCGGCGAGCGGGAGGUCGCAUGUCUCCUCUGCCAGCACCCAUGUGUCUGUUGCUCCUGGCCGCCCUGGGAUGCCUCUGGCACGGUGUUUCGGCCCUUCAGAUCAAAGCACUGCAAGUCCCGGAGAGCAUCGAGGCCGGUCAGGUGGUUCGACUGGUGUGCAUCUUCGAUCCCGAGCAAGAGGACUUAUACUCGGUGAAGUGGUACAAAGACGACAUUGAAUUUUUCCGAUUUCUUCCAAAAGACAAGCCAGCCAAUCAGUUCUUCGAGAUUAGAGACGUCGAGGUAGACAUGAGUCGUUCUUCCAACGGCACGGUGUUCUUGAAGAACACGAGCAGGUCGGCCGAAGGUAUGUACCGCUGUGAAGUGUCCGCCGACGCCCCCUCCUUCCAAUCCAUAUUCUCCGAGAAAUUCAUGGCCGUCGAAGACAGACCAGAAGAGACGCCCGAGAACGCUGCUCAUCUCCUCUGUCCGUGGUCUCGCAGGCAGAUUCUGUGGACGAUGGUCUUCAUCCUCGUCUUUUGCCAAUAACCAAGUUGCCAUGUAAUAUUAAUUAUCCAUUGUGCCUGAGAACGCAAUAGUCGCUUUUCUGAAGCCUGAGAACAGGUUUUGGCUUCGGACCAGCAAAGGACGUUGGAAAAACAACAACUCGCCCUUUCUUCCAAGAGGGCCCCAGCAGUCUCUGGGGCCUCUUUUCGGGAAGGAUGUGGGGGCUAGGAAAUUAUUCUUAAGGGUGCUUUGUAGACAGCGAUGGAUUUUCUCAUCUGAGGUGGACAAUGGAACGUUGCAGUUUCAACAAGAAGCCGACGAAUUAUAACAGCAAAACUAUCGUGAAACACUUUUAAAAAGGAAGCAUUUUCAUUUGGGAUUAUUAUCCAAACUGUUGAAUAACGACAUAUAUUGAUAAGUUCUUGUGCUUUAUCACUUUUCUUACCAUUUAAUUUGUUCUUUGUUGUUGUGUAACAUUUCACUCGCGAUGGCUUAGUUGAAAUUAGUACAGAGGUAGACGUGACACAUAUUUAUUCAUGUAUGGGUAGAAUGCUCAAAAUGCUAAAGCAUUUUUAAGACCUUGGACAUUUAUUUUCGAGUGGGCCAGUGCUGUGUUUAAGAAUACCGAAUUCAGUAACAAAACAUCAGUCAUUUAAAAUCCAGAUCGGAAAGUAUAGAUGGAAGAUUUGGCCACUUUGUUUACAAUCUUAAAUGAAGUUAAAUGCCAUAAAUGUUACAUCUGGAAACUUUGAAUUUAAAAAAAAAAAGAAAUUUAAAUAUAAUCAUGCGCUUAAACUUUUUAAAAUUAAUGAAAACAAUAUGAGACAAAUGUAAUUCAGAAAAUUAUACUUUUCUUACAAAUAAAAAAAGAUGUAAUUUACAGCAUUCAAACAGGAAAACACAAUCUAGUAUUAUAUGUUUUUAUAUAUUAGGUAUACAUUUAUUUAGGUAUUUAUAUAUUAGGUAUACAUUUGAUAAAAUCAUAGAAAAUAGUAAAAAAUUAAUAUAUUGAGCAUUGCUUAAAUACUUUUUCUGUAUUAGGUUGGUCAAAUCAUAAGCAAAUAAUAAUAAACGUUCUACCAUAACAAUUUUUCGAAAUAAAAAAAUAAAAAUUUUAGGGUUUUCUUUUUAAUUUAAUAUUUUUUCUUUAUUUUGAUGUAUUUUUACAUCAUACCAAUAUUAAGAAACAAAAAAAAAUCUAUAAAACCCAAAUAAUAUUUUUUAAAAUAAUUAAACAGAAUAUUCUUUUUUUAUGUUCGGUAGAAAUUUUUAUUGAAUUUCGUAUGAUAAAACUCAAAUCUAGAACUAUAUUUCACUAGCAAUGUAAUUCGCAAUUAAAUCUGGAAUAUCGUAAUGUUAAUUUUUUAUUGUUUUUUCUUUAAAUAAUAAAAGUAAACCUAAUAGUAUUGUAUUAUAUUUUAUUAAAUGAACAUUUUACUUUUAAACAUCCUGAUGAAUAUUUAAAGGUACUAUUCAAUUUAUGGCAAUCGUGAUAUUAUGACCUGACGCAUCAGAAAAUAUUUCGGAGGUUAAACUCAUGCAUCGAUUUAUUUAGUUAGAGCUGAAAUUCAUAAAUUGUAACUUUUCUAAUCUUUUUAAAAUAUUUCCUUUCAAAAUACACUAUUAUUUUCACUUAAGCUUGUUUGGAUUAUGAUAUGGCGACAAAUACAAUGUAUACAAACAUUCAAUAUUCAGAGAACUGUUUCAUUAUUACAGAAAAAUAUAUCGAUAAAUUUUGAAUUAAGCUAUCAGACAGGGCCUGUUCUCACAUCACCUAAAAAGAUACUCCUGGUAUGAACUGGUCGUGUCUCGUAAUACAGCAAAUAAGUUAAAUACGGAGGAAAUUGUAACUCUUAAAUACAAUGUUCUACUGAGCUCUAAGAAAAUAGGAUAAUUUUUAUUAAUAAUUUUUUAAAAAAUGUUUUAACUUGAAAUACACCUUAAUUUGAGUUUUUAUGAUGCCGCGAGUAUUUUAUCAAAUGUUGUUCUAUUUUUGUUAAACAAUGAGUUUACUCAAACUUUGUUCAUUGUAAAGUGAUAAGUAAUAGUAAAUCCAUGUUCAUAUACUUUAUUUUUGGCAUUAUGGUACUCUUUGUUGCAUUCAUCUCCAAAUAAUUUAAUUACAAGUUAAAUUUUAAAAUAAUUAUUAAAAAUAUUUACAAUAAAUAUUCACGAAUUUCAAAUUAAAAAAUUUUUUCAUGGAAAUAAAAUACUUGAAGUUUUCCCUUCUUACAGAUAGAAAUAAAAAAUAUUUUUUAUUUGCUUUAAAAAGACAUCAAAGAACUUUUAUUAAUGAUUCAAAUUAUUUCAAUUUCAAAUGUAUCCCUUUCCUCGAGAAUACUUAAUAGAAACCAGGCCCCAAAAAUAAUAAUUUCCAAAUUUUACAAAUGCCAAACCUCUUUCAGUUCUUUAGAAAAAUUACAUUAUUAAAUUAUUUCAGUCCGAAUAAUUAAUUUUUAAAAUAAAGUGACUGAAUCAACAUAAAGAAAAUAUGUCUUAAAGAUUUUUCACUUUUCAUUUUAAUUCUUUGCUAUAAUUAAAAAAUGAAUUGCCUCACGAAUUCUAUCAAAAAUGUCAUUAGAAACUCUCAAACAGUAUAAAAUUACAAGCAAUUUUUGUAUGCUGUAAAAUAAUUUAAUCCUUUCCUGUAAAACAGACACAGCUAAAACAGGGUUUUUUCGACAUUUAGUACUGUAAAUUUAUUUUAAUUAUAUCAUCUCGCAUUACUUCGUUGCCAUUUAUUUAUGAGGUAAUUAAAGUUUUGCUCUGCAUGAAAAAAUUUUAAAUAAAAUUUAAUAAAUAGAUUUUAAAAUAGUGAUAAAUUCAUGUUGUAUUAUUUAAUUUAAAAUGAGGAUUUUAAAAAAUUAUAUCAUUUUAUCAAAUUAUAUGUACAUUUUAAAAUUCUUUUAUGUUAACUAAGAAAAUAGGAAGGGGGGGGCUGCAUUUCUUGCAGAUCAUAAAUAUUUUAAUGUCGUAAAGCAGAUUGUUUUGCUACGAAUUUGCAAUAAAUAUGCUACUCUGCCUUUUAGCUUGUGUCAAAUAACUCAAAUUAAAAAAUAAAAAUUUAUGUUCGAAUAUGAAGAAGGCAAAAGAAUAUGAACAUAUACUAAUAGUAUACAAUUGGAAUAAAUGAUGUAUUGUACAUAAUUUUUUUGUUUGUUGAUAAAUAGCACAGGUUUAUUUAAAAAGUAAAAAUUAUUAUUUUAAAAUUUAUUAUUAAUUAAAAAACUAUCAUUAUCAAAAAUUAUUAUUAAUUAUAAAAAUCAUUAGUAGCAAAAAUUAUUAAUAGUAGUGAAAAUUAUUAUUAGUUGUAAAAAUUAUUAUUAAUUAUGUGAAAGAAGUAAGUUACAAAUAUGUAACAGCAAUUCCAAUUUACAUAAUUAUUCCACUUUCUGUGAAGUUAUUAUUUUGCGCGUUCUUGUAAAAAAUCGCACUUAAAAAAAAAGCAUUAUUACAUUUUUUAAAUGUAAUUUUAGUAGCUUUUGGUAGAUAAGUGGACUUCAAGAUUAAAAUAAAAAUAAUUUAAGAAAUUAUAUGCAUUUGUAUCGAUAGAACACCAAAUGUUAAGUUUCUUUACUACAGACAAUACAAGUAAUUAUAAUUGGAAAACAGAAGCCACAAUCUUGAAUAUCUACAAUACUUCCCAAACAAUUUAUGAACAAAAUAAGGCAUAAAUAAUAAAAAUAAUUACUUUAAAUAAUUAUUUAUUAAAUUUAUAGGGAAGGGCACUUUUAAUAACUUAUGAAAUGAAUAUAAUCUAAGGAAUUAAAUAUACAUUUUUUUUUAAGGAUUUACAUAUAAUCUUCGAAACUCCGAAUUGGUGUAUGUUAUUUCUAUGUUUUAAAAUGUUUUUUUAAAGUUCUUUAAGUGUUUAAAAACAUUAGUGAUAUACAUAUAUAUAUACAGAGUUGGUAUUUGAUUAUCUUCACUGAAAUAUUUUAAUCGAUCUGACAGUAAUGACAACUGAAAACAAGGAUUUGAUCUUUUGAAAUUUUCAUUUAAGAAAAAAUCCAAUAUCUUCUGAAUUACUAUGUCUAUGAAUUCAUAAAAAAAUGAAAAGCACGCUGCAACUCUCUCGGUAUUCUCAAACGUGCAGAAGCAAGUCUUUCGAAAUGUUAGCUUUAUUGUAUAUAAUCUUAUAUCUGUAAAUUUCUGUUGUUGUGUGAAUAGAGAUAAAGACUGUAUAAAAUAUCAGACCGCAUUUUGCAAAGAAAAUAAAAAUUACGUUUUUGUUGAA